CAGCAAGAGCGCGGGGGGCAGCCCAAAUCUGUCACUGCGCAUCAAAGCACGACAAGGAUGGGCAAAAAAUCCCGCAGAAAGCCUGCGAAGCCGCCCCGUGCUCCGGACACGCCAGACACGGCGGCGGGCGGCGACGACCAGGACUGGUGGGUGAAUGGCGGAGCCAUGCCUGAAGCAGAUUUCGUCGCAAGGGCUUACGAAGAGAUCGUCUCGGACCCGAAUCACAACGACUACCCCCUGGCCGAACGUCAUGCCGCGGCCGGUCUGACGCCCCUCAAGAGGCGCCCGGAGCGCGUCAAGAAACGCCGGCCGUCGUGCGACGUGUGCGGCGCCGAGAACGCGCGCUACACGUGCAUCGGCUGCGGCUCGCAGCACUAUUGCGGCAAGGACUGCCAGAAGUACGCUUGGCGCGAGGACGGGCACCGCGACGAAUGCAAGACGCUCCAGGACGUUUCGCGCGCGGAGGCCGCAGCUAUCGUGGCGCAGCUCAACGACGCGUCGCUCAUCCCGCCCUUGCGCGUUCGAGACCUGGAACGGCUUGACGGCGACGACGUCUACGCGCCGGCCGUCGAGUUCGGCCUGUACGCAGCGUUCCGGGCCGUGCUUCGGGCGCAGACCGAUUUCCAGGCGCUCCUCCAGUUAUAUACCUCGAACUGCGAAUGCUCGUUCCUGCAGCAUCUUGCGUGCACUCCCUUCCGAGGGGAGCGGAGGAGUCGUGCCGGCACGGGCAGCUUCAGCAAGGCGGACGGCCAGCGGUUCGCGGAAUUUGUGGACUCGUCCGACGACGCCUGGGAACUGUGGCUCGCCGCGACGGCGACGCUGGUGCGCGUCUGCACGGAUCGGCGCGUGGCGUCGCAGAGGAUUACGCAUACGGUGUGCCACCGCACGAGUAGAGACUCGCUCUGUGGCCUCGUUUGCAUCUUGGCGCGGCGAGAAGUCGCCGAAGCGCUCUUCGCUUCGCGCGAUGGAAGCGACGCCGAUAAAGCGUUCAUAAAAGCGCGGGCGCAGCGAAGCGCGAAAUUGCUCAAGAAACUGCUCGACCACCUCGCGGCGACGAGCGAGGACGAGGAUCCGGGCUCGAUCCUCGAGGGCAACGUAAACCAACUCACGGCGCAGUUCGCCUACUGGUGCCAGGCCCAUCGCGUCGGCGUUGACAUUGACCGCGUCGUGGGUCUCCGCGGUGCGCGGAAGCAGAUGUAUGAGGGCCUGGCGGUGCCUCUCGCCCGGGCCACGAUAGACAAGGGCCGCAUCCUGAAUUCGUCCGAGAGCCGUGCGGUCAUGGCGGCCAUUCGGCGUAACUUCUGAAACACAAACUUA